AAUGCUGCUGCUCGGUCUAAUCAUCGCACUGUCGGCCCUCUUCCGUUCCGCUCAGCCGGACGGAAUCUCCGACAUCACCUUCCAACGGGUCGAACAGACCGUCGGAUUCGAUAUCAUGAAGUCGGAUCUGCGCAUCACCAAGCUCAACCGGACCUGCGCCGUCUUGAACGGCACCAUGAACGUCUUCGUGGACAUGGACGAUCGCUUCACGUUUCAAAUUAAAAGUGCCCAUAGCCGCCUCGGCAAUAACCAGUUCAACGAGUACCCGAUGAAGAUCCCCGAGCAACAGUUCUGUCAAUUUUUGAACGACACCUACCGGGAAUAUCAGGAGAUUUUCGAGCAAACCACCAAUCUACCGCGGAUCGAGUCGGACGUGCCCUGUCCACUGCCGGCGGAGGGCUAUUGGUUCAAGCAUUUUGUGCUGAAACCGGAAACCAUGCCGCAGAUGAUCCCGGAAGGCUACUGGCGGCUGACGGUGCUGUUCACCGGACCAGAGGGUGAAGCUGAUCUGCAGAUAUUCUUCACGGUGUCCAAGGAGGAGAACUAGUACGGGUUCGGAUGGAAGGUUCUCGGGAAUGUACCGGGCAAAUUUUGGCAAUAAAUGUGCAAUUUUGCUUAUCCGUGUAGUCCGAACAAUUUGACAUGUACUGCCGUAAUUAAUGAAUCGAUGGCACUCACUCAUGUAGACACGAUUCCAAUUACUGUAAUUAUAAAAGCUCACAUUAGAAAUUCAAUGGUCCGACCAUAACCAGUUGCACGCUA